ACCGGUUGCUUUCCCUGCUGAGGUUCCCAGAAUCCUGGAAAGAAGUGAGAGGAUCAGUGCCCGUGUGGAUGUUGGCAUCACCUCUGGAUGCAGCUGAGCCCCGAGGUGGUGGAGUGAGGAAGGGGAGCAGGUCACCAAAGCACCUUUGGUGGGGCACCGCAGCACCCUCCCCGCUCCCAGCCUGCAGAAGAGAGAGAAGGAGGUGAGCUGUCCCAAGAGCUGCUGCCGAGUUGGAAGCAUCGGAUGUAGCAGAGGGUGGGAAUGCUGUCAGGGGUCCUGGUGGGAUCAAGCCAGGUCGAUCCCCCAAAGCCUCCCGAGAUCCCGCAGUCCUGGAGGCCAGGCUGGAUUUACGGGGGGGUGGCGAGGGCGAGAAGGGAUUAAUUCUGCCCCCGCCGCCUCCUCCUCCUCCUCCAGCGCUGUCUAAUCUCCGCUGGGGCUUCGAGGUCUGACCCUGCUCUGAUCGAGGACCGGGAUAACCCUGGCUGAGCCGGGGAGGAUCCACCCGGGGCUCCCGAAAACCAGAUGUCUCCUUGGCCGUGCUGGAGGUGCAUGUGGGGUCGAGCCUGGUGUUCUGCGUGGAGGGGCAGCAGGCAGUGCUGCCUGCCUGGUACACCAGCCACUCCCAGAAGAAGCCCUACGUCAGCUGGAUGCUGAACAAGAGUCCUGUUCCCUUCCAGAUCCUGUCAUACCUGGGUGGGAAGGUGAAGGUGGAGGAGACAGAUCUGAAGCCUCGCAUAGGGUUCCUGCACUCAGUCCCCGGACACAACAUCUCGAUGUUCAUCAACGCCACGCAGGAGCAGGACUCGGGUCAGUACAUGUGCUCCGUCAACAUGGAGGAUGACACCAUCCGGCAGGGCAAGGACAUCGGCAUCAUCAACCUCACCGUCCUGGUGCCACCGGCCGUGCCCACCUGCCAGCUGCACGGCAACGCCGUCGUGGGGGCCAACGUGACCUUGAUGUGCUCCUCCAAGAAGGGGAAACCCUCGCCCAUGUACCAGUGGCAGCGUGAGCCACCCACCCUGCAGGUCUUCUUUCCUCCUGCCCAGGACCGGGCCAGGGGCACCCUCAAGCUGACCAACCUCACCCUGGAAAUGUCGGGGGUCUACGUCUGCAGGGCUGAAAACCAGGCAGGUUCUAAGAACUGCAGCAUUGUCCUGGAGGUACACUCAACAAGCACCAAAGCAGUCAUUGCCGCUGCCGUGCUGGGCUCCCUGGGUGCCCUUGCCACCAUCAUCUUCAUUGCCCAGAAGGUUGUUGGCUACAGGAGGAGAAAACGUGACAGCCAGGAGGAGGGAGCCAACGAGAUCAAGGAAGACGCCGUGGCACCCAAAACCCCGACGUGGGCGAGGAGGCCAGCUUCAGACACCAUGUCCAAAACCAGCACACUGUCCUCCAUCGCCGGCACGCGGCAGCCCUACGGAGCCAGAGCCCCCUCCGACACCGCCUCCAUCCUCACCACCACCGGCAGCUACCGGGGACCCCCGCCCCGGGGAGGGGGGCGGCCCCCCAACCUCUCACCCCCUGCCGUUAACGGGACCCCCCGGCGCCGCCAGGACCCAGCUGCUGCUCCCGUGGCGUCGUUGCCCCCCUCCAGCCUGGCACGAGCAGGUGCCGUUCCUGUCAUGGUGCCAGCACAGAGCCGAGCUGGCUCCUUGGUGUGAGCACCCCCCACCAAAAAAAACAGGGGUGC